AUGAAGGUGCCAGUUCCUGGUAGCGAUGACCAACUGAUUGCCACUAUUAACUCAUACGUACUGCAGUUGAGUCAGCUCCAGCGCGUUGCGUCGGAUGGGGACUAUGUGCAGGAGCGCACCCGAUGGCAUCGUGCUCUUUGUGAUUCUUGGGCAGUCGCAGCAAUCCUUCGUGCGCCUCUCGCGCGUUUUAAAUACCACUUUCUGGAGAGCUUUCGCAUCGACACCCAGCGAUCAGAACCGAACGGGCAUGCGACGAAGACUUCAAGCGGAAUAUCUCGCUUCGAUCGCCCUGAAUGGGCUGCAGAGUUUGCGCUCGAUCGCAUCCGUGAAGCCACGCCAUUUUUGAGCAAGAUAGACAUUGGCGGUCCGCAAACCGCUGACGUCAAGUUUGCCGAGGGCUUCUGCAGAGUCUUUGCAGAGAAGGUCGCGUACGACUGCGAACUGGCGUUGCGAACGUCAACUAACGAUACCAAUGCAGACGUUUUGAUUGCGCAUGCCUCGGAGACUGCAAAACAGUUUGACAAUAAGCUACGAUCCGGGGUCAUCCACGUUGCGCCGAGACCUGACCCUGGUUCUGGAGAACCAAUAUUCUUAUCGUCCUUGCAUGUGCUGAGCAUGAACGAGUCAUUUCUUACUACAUGGGCAAGUUCGGAAUUGCGACUGGCGGAUGCUGAGGUUACUCAGCUUCUCACAGGAGCACUCUGCAUCCCUGAUUCGUUGGCCUCUGAAGAGCAGAACGCGCACGAAAAGUCAAUUUCCUCGAAGGUGGAUUUAGAAGAAAUCUGUCAGGAUAUCGUCGAUCAUGUCGGAAACGCCAGCGUGAAAUGUCGAUCUUUGGAGAGCCAAGAGCGCAUCGCCAUGUUCCUCAAGCUCACCGAACUUCCACUAUUACAGUCGCUGAGGUCGAGUUUGAAGCAAAACAUUGAGGUAAUGGACGAGAUAUGUCCGACAACAGAGCACAUCGUAAAGAGCGCGAGAGCAUCAUUCUGUGCGCUCCUUAUAUCCGAUUCACUCGAGGAUCGUUCCGUGGACCACUUUUAUUUGCGGCAGGAAGAACGGUCAGGAACUGGAUUCUACAAUGAUGAGAUUGUUCGAUUGAGAAGCCUCCACUCGUCGAACUCCGCUCUGCUUUGCGAAGCAAUUACAUCUGUUUUUGUGGAUGGAGUGAAGACAGGAUAUCUCGAGCAGGCUCGUUUUGGUGAAAUCUCAGCUCCAGACGCCGCAGUUGUUUUGACCCAUGACCUGUCCGAGUCGCUUGUGAAUCCACUUACUGCCCUUGAAAAUUCUCUGACCGCUUUGAAAACAGGAAUCCCGUGCCGAAAAACGGCUUCGACCGUUUGGCGACCUAUUGCGAGCAAAUUAGACCGAUUCGUAUUCGAUGAUGUCGUGCUUCAGUGCUUUGUUGGGGCAAGCAGGAACGCGAUGUCAGCAGCAUCCUCAGCAAAUUCAUAUCUCUCUGCUACAACUUGCGCACGAAUGGCUAAGCAAGUAGCAUUUGAUGUGACAACAUUUGUCUCAACAUUUAACGCAGUCACAGCAAGUCCAGAGCAGUUUUUGCCAUCGUGUGCUGAAUGUGGAAGGCUGUUGCGGAUCGCCUCCUCCAGGGUUCUACUGCCAUCCGUUCCUCCAAGACAAGAAGACGAAGAAGUAGUGAAAUGCCUUCUUGCUGUCGCAAAGUCGGAUGAGGACCAAAUCUUAGAAUCGGCGAGCCGCGUUCUGUCUUCAAGAAUAGGAGCAACCCACAUAGCCCCAAGAGAGGCUCUAGAACUCUUAGCGAUCGGCGGAAUGAAGUUUGCGAUUCGCAUGAUGUAA